CAUGUUGACGCAGCCCAACACGUCCACUUGACGCAACUAGGAAGCGCUGGACGAUCCGUUUCUACCAGACCCCAGCAUGGCCUCGAAGACUUCAAAAUGGGCUGACGACAACGACGACGACGACGACGAAGAAGCCGCGGCGGCCAUGGCACAACGCAAGAAAGAGAAGGAGGAGCGCAGACGUCUCAAGGAAGAGAAGGCACGCAAGGCAGCAAAAGCGACGGCACGUUCAGGGACACCCACCUCACAAGACGCCUCCGCUGGCGACGAUCAACGGCCGACGAAGCGUCAACGAACGUCAGAGCCCCAAGAUGAGGCAGAAGAAGAAGGCGCACACCUUUUGCAUUUCCCGACUCGCGCGGUCCGACCGUGCGGGCACGUAUCGCAGUACGAGACGCUCAACCGGAUCGAAGAAGGCUCGUACGGGCUGGUGUCCCGGGCGCGCACGACGAGUUCGGGUACCAUCGUCGCGCUGAAACGUUUAAAGAUGGGCAACAACGAGACGACUGAAGGAUUCCCCGUCACGGGCCUACGGGAGAUACAAACUCUCCGGUCGUGCCGUCACGACCACAUCGUCCAACUCCUCCAGGUGGUCAUGGGAGACGGUCUGAAAGAUGUCUACCUCGUCAUGGAGUUUCUCGAACACGACCUCAAGACCCUGCUGGAGGACAUGGCCGAGCCCUUUCUCCCCUCGGAGACGAAACGACUCAUGCUCCAACUCGUCUCGGCCACCGAGUACCUCCACUCCAACUGGAUCAUCCACCGGGACCUCAAGACUUCGAACCUCUUGCUCAACAACCGCGGCGAGAUCAAGGUGGCCGAUUUCGGCAUGGCGAGGUACACGACGGGACCACACGCGCGGCCGCCGCCGAAGCUCACCCAGCUCGUCGUGACGUUGUGGUACCGCGCGCCUGAGCUGCUGCUGGGCGCCGAGGAGUACGACUUUGAGAUCGACGUGUGGAGCGUCGGCUGUAUCUUCGCCGAGUUGUUGACACGGGAACCCCUGUUCCAAGGCCAGACCGAAGUCGACCAACUCUCCAAGAUCUUUGGGUUGCUGGGCACGCCGACCAACGAGACCUGGCCCGGUUUCAGGGCCUUGCCGAACGCGAAGGCCUUGCACCCGGUCUUGUCUCGCUCCUCAUCGUCGUCGCAGUCGUCCCUCACCGUCUCCAAGUUCCCGUACCUGACCACCUCUGGCCUCCGUCUCCUGGCGUCCCUGCUGUCCAUGGACCCGAACGGACGGCCGACGGCCACCGAGAUCCUCUCACAUCCUUACUUUAGGGAAGACCCGCGACCCAAGGCCAAAGAGAUGUUUCCCACCUUCCCCAGUAAAGCCGGCCAAGAGAAGCGCAGGCGCAGAGCCACUCCGCAGGCCCCCGUGCGUGGCGACGCCCCGAGGCUGGACGAGCGCGAAUUCGAAGGCAUCUUUGCGGGCAGGGUGGACGAACAACGUGGUGCCGGGUUCGCUCUGAGGCUGGGUUGAAUGACGGACUACUACAACUUGUCUUGACCGAGUCUUUUCCCAAAGAAGAAAAGUUCUUUUUGGGGGUUUUUUUGGUUUAGAAAACGAUCGCGGAGGUAACGUUUCAGACAUGGCAUUUUACGAUACCCAUAGAAAAAAGACUUGGCUUCGCGGGCGGCACAUGUAAUGAUAAAUCUAGACUUGACGAGCACAACCAUGCGGACGAGUAUUGUUUGCUCAU